AUGUCGACAUUGAAAGCUGUAUCAUCAAAGUUAGCUGCUGAAAUUGAUAAAGAGUUGAUGGGCCCCAGCAUAGGAUUUACUCUUCAGCAAUUGAUGGAGUUGGCUGGAUUAAGUGUAGCUGAAGCAAUUAACCGUGAAUUUCCGCUUAAAAGUGCUGGCGAAAAGAAGAAUGUUUUCAUUUUGGCAGGUCCCGGUAACAACGGUGGUGAUGGUUUGGUAUGUGCAAGACAUUUGAAACUAUUUGGUUAUAAUCCCAUCGUUUACUACCCCAAAAGAACAGAAAAAGUGGAAUUCUACAAGCAAUUAGUCAAUCAAUUGAGUUUUUUCAAAGUUCCAGUACUCGGACCUGAAAAUAACGAUAAUUGGCUAGAAUAUUUGAAAGCUGAUAAGACUGUAUGCAUCGUGGACGCUCUCUUUGGAUUCAGCUUCAAACCACCACUAAGAGAGCCAUUCGCUACAAUUAUCAAGGAAGUCUGCGACUUGCAAGACAAAGUCCCUGUGGUUACUGUCGAUGUCCCAUCGGGCUGGGAUGUCGAUGACGGACCCGUUAGUGAGCCUCACAUUAUACCCAAGAUAUUAGUUUCGCUGACAGUUCCAAAGCCAUGCAGUCAGUUCCUUCAAAAAAGCAGUGUGCACUACGUCGGUGGGAGGUUUAUUGCUCCAGAGUUUGCUCGUAAAUACGGAUUUGAACCCUUCGAAUAUCAAUCCUGCGACCAAAUUUUGAAGUUAUAA